GCGUCACGGCAAAGGCGCGUCAAAGCCCUCGGAGCUCUGGCGAUUUUCAAUCGUUCGGCGGCGGCCGAGCCUGUGGUCCUCCGCCGGAGGGAGAGAAACAAGCGUGCAAGAGGAGGAAAACAACUGAUUUCGAGACGAUGCCGAACUUCUGCGCGGCACCCAACUGCAGCAGGAAAAGCACCAACUGCCCAGACAUCCCUUUCUUCAGGUUCCCCAAAGACCCCGAGAGGUGUCAGAAAUGGGUAGAGAAUUGUCGCCGAGCUGACUUGGAAAAUAGGUCCGCUGAGCAGCUUCACAAACAGUACCGACUCUGUGCAAGACACUUUGAACAAUCCUUGAUAUGCACAAAUAGCCCUUACAGAACUGUCCUUAAGGAUAAUGCCGUGCCAACUUUGUUUGACUUAACGAGCCAUCUCAAUAAACCUGAAGGCAAACACAGAAAGCACAAGAGAAUAAAAGACCUGACUGAGGAAGAUUUAUUAAGGGUGAAGGCACCAAGAACUGACUGUGAUGUCCUGAGAGGUCUGCAGUGUAAACAGGAGGCAAUCAAUGAACUUGACAAAACAGAACUGGAAGGUGCUACAGAGAGCCUUGAAGAGUCUACUCUUUUGGAAGAAUCUUUGAAUUUGACACCUGAAGAGAAAGGGAACAAAGAAUUUCUCAAAGUUUUAUUUGAAACUGUAUUGUUGUUGGGGAGGCAAAAUGUCCCUUUGGGAGGAUCAGCCACUGAAAACCUGAGUAACUUGUGCAAUACUCCUGACAACAUUCAAGCACUACUGGAAUUCCGAAUGAAUGCAGGCGAUGAAAUUCUUAGAAAGAGAUUUGAAACAACUGCUGUGAAUGCAGUGUACUGCCCUAAGAACUUGCAAAAAGACCUUUUGGACAUCUGUGAGAUGUGCAUACGGGAGGAGGUACUCCGAGAAGUUCGUGACAGCAACUUCUUCUCAAUUGUGACAGAUGAAGUGAUCAAUGUAGCAGGACUUGACCAUGUGUCCCUGUUAAUUCGGUUUGUAGAUGAGUCUGACUGUCUGAGGCAAGAAUUUGUUGGCUUCAUACCCUGUGAUCUUGACGGGGAGUUCUUGGCCAGUCGGAUCCAUGAGACUCUUACAGAAAAGUGGGGUCUGAACAUGUAUUACUGCCGUGGACAAGCAUACAAUGGUUCUGGCACAAUGUGUUACAAAAAGCGAGUUGUUGUGGCUAGCAUUUUACAGCAGUGUCCAAAGGCAUUGAGCACUCCUUGUUCUUCCUAUCCCCUAAACAUAUGGAUUGCGAAGUCCAGUCUCAUUUUUGGUAUUAACAUGGUAUUAAGUUUGAUGGAAAACAUUGUAUCAUUUUUCAGUUUGUCACCUCAACUCCAGAAGGUUUUUGAUGUUGGUGUUGACGGUGUCUAUCAAACAAAUGAGGAGAAGGCAAAGGAGCUGAAAAAACUCUUUCAAAUUAAUUGGUAUGAAAGACAUGACUCUUUUGAAAUCUUGGCAGAUCUUUAUGAAGUACUGGUGACGUGCUUGGAUGAGAUCAGUUACGAUACAUGUGGUAGGUGGAAUGCUGAGAUAGCGACCCAGGCCAGCAUGUUGUCCUCAACCAUGAGAGAUUUUGAAAUAGUUGUCUCUGUUAUGGUGUUGAAAAAUGUUCUCUCAUACACAAGAGCCUUUGGCAAAAAUCUCCAAGGUCAAGCAUCAGACACUUAUUUUGCCUCAAGCACUUUGACUGCGGUCCUGCACUCAUUAAACGAAAUGAGGGACAAUAUUGAUGUGUAUCAUGAGUUCUGGUUAGAAGAAGCCACCAAUUUGUCAAUCAAAAUGGGAAUUGAACUAAAGCUGCCUUGGCGAUGCCGCAGGCAGCCUCAAAGUGAAGAGGUUUCUGAGGACACUCCUGAAAACUACUAUAAGGAAGCAAUUACUGCACCCUUUUUGGACCACAUUAUUUUAGAAAUUGAGGACAUGUUUUCCGAGCAGCAGCUAAAGGCUCUCAAGUGCCUGUCGUUGGUGCCUUCUGUUAUGGCUCAGCUGAAAUAUAAUACUGCAGAGGAAAACAUGGCUGAUUUAUAUAAAGACGAUCUUCCAAAUCCCGAUACCCUUUCAGCAGAAUUGCACUGUUGGAAGAUAAAAUGGAAGCAUCGAAGCAGAGAUGUUGAACUUCCUAGUACUGUUUUUGACACGCUACGCCAUCCUGACAUCAAAUUCUUUCCAAAUGUGUACACUUUACUUAAAAUUGUCUCAAACCUACCUAUUAUCAAGCUCGAAACUGACAAGUAUGAAAUUGGACGGAAACGGCUGAAAGCGUACUUAAAAAUCACUCCGGUUGAGGAACGGACAACCAGUCUGGCACUAAUCCACAUCAGUUAUGAUGCUAAACAUGACUAUGACAUGAUGGUUGAUACCUAUGCAAAACUGUACCCAGAGAAAAUGCAGCUCGCCCAUGUGACUGAUUCAGAUAGUGUGGACAUUAGCAAUCAUGAUGGAAACAGUGUUGAAAUUAAUAAUUUGGAUACAAGCACUCGGACAGUGUAUGAGGUUGAUGGCGAGUGCAUGGAGGUGGCAAGCCAUACAGUGGCAAGUGGGGUUGUACUCCACCAUCAGUCUGCAGGAAGCCUCAUGGAGGUCUGCCAGAAUUCAGAUAAGACUAUCAUAGAAGUGACCCAGCAUCCAGAGGGGACCACAGUAGAACUGCAGCAGUUUCCUGUAAGCGGUACUAUGAUUGUGACUCAGCAUACAGCCGAAUCCAGUGUGGAAUUGCAACACCAUCCGGAAGGGGCUCAGAUCAGCCAGCAGCCAAUAGAAAGCAGUGUGGGACUGCAGCACCACAUAGAGGGAAGAGUGGUGGAGGUGAUCCACCAUCCAGAGGUGAAUGGUGUAGAAUUGCAGCAUCACUCGGAGGUGAAUGGCUUGGAAUUGCAGCACCAUCCAACAAGCCAAGUUAUUGAGGUGAGCACUGUGGAGCUCCAGCCACAAAUGGAGUCCAGCAGUGUGGAGUUGCAGCACCAGGUACAGGAGGGUGCAGUAUCUCUGCAGCACCAUCUGGAGGAAAAUACUGUUGAACUACAGCACCACCCAGACACCAAUACUGUGGAAUUGCACAAUCCACAAACUAGCACUAUUGAGCUGAGCCAUGGAAUAGAAGAGACCACCAUGGAGGUGGGUCAUUGUUUAGAGACUAGUGCCACAACAAUAAUACAACAACAACAACAGCCACAGCAUGGUGCUGUGGAAAUGCAGAGCCAGUGCGACUUGCAGCCUAGUGAGAUGGAGAUACGGCCGCAUAAGGUGUCUGUUGCUACAGAGACAGACCAUCCGGAGAUCGAUGAAGUAGAUAUCAUGCCCCAUGUGGAACCAGUUGCUACAGAGGUGCAACAUCCUUCAGAAGUUACUAGCAUAGAAAUCCAACAUAACCCAGAGCCUGGUGCUACAGAGGUGCAGCAACAUUCGGAAUCAAUCUCUGCAGAGGUACAGCAACCACUGCAGACUAAUGCCCCAGAUUUGCCUCAUUGUGAUGAAUCUAGUACUGUGAUGGAGGACAAUCCAGAGAAAGGCGUAGAGGCAAUAGAACACCAAUCUGUGGAAUUCGAUCCACAUCCCGAGUCGCGUGCCAUUGAGCUGGAACAAUGCCCUGAGGCAAAUGUGGUGGAACUGGAGAACCGUCCAGAAGCAACAGAUCUGCAGAACCCUCCUACAGAAGCAGCCACAGUGGAAGUAGACAAAGUGAGCUUGUGUAAUCAGGAUCUGAAUGGUGAUGGAAUAAAGGUUUUGGAAAUAAAAAAUUCAGAAGACAGAAAUUCAGAGACAGACAUUUCUAGUGUAAGUAAUGUAAAUAGCUCUGAAGUAGCAGUACAAUAAAAUGAUACAUUUGCUACUUCCAUUAUACUUAUAACAGUCAACGACUUUAAUCUGUGACCAAUGCAGGUUGGGCAUGUUGAAAUGUGAAGACUCCUGCAUGAGGGUGCUCUUCAAGAUAAGAUGUUCGUUUAAGGGUGAAAUAAACAACAAUUUUUGAA